GUGUAUCUUAAAUAGGAAAUAAAACAUCGUAUACUACGUAUCAAAAACAUUCACGCUUCACAUUAAAUGCUAACUAAAAUUACAAAAGGGAUAAAAUCACAAUUGAAUCCUAAACUCCAAGUUGUAAGGAUAAUUAAGUAAAAUAAAACAAGGCACGUGCCAGUCAAAUGACGGUUAUAACCCUAUCACGUGGUAGUCAACUCGCUUUACAGAUAUUCCGAGAGUGAGGUCCCACAAAGUCACUUGCCAUUACCCUCUCUGUAUUAGUUAGUCGUAGUAGUCUAGUAGUAGUUGUUAGCGCGUCAACUCCACUUUCUAACUGUAAGCGCGUGAAGAACGAAACCUUUUCCCCACCACCACCACCACCACCUCUCUAUACUACUUCUUCUUCUUCUUCUUCCUUCUACAAAUACAUGACAGUCUCUUUCCCUCGUCUUCUAGUAUUUUUUUGUUUUCUGUUAUUUUUCGCCUGAGACUGGGUCCCUGAGAUUUCACAAAACUCGUUAUUGAAACUUAACAAAACAGCAACCUCCGUUAUUAAAGUUCCCUUCUCGAUUUCCGUGAAAAUUUCACUUUAGCCAUGGAACCUCCUAGUAGCGUAGUCGACGAUGCUGAGUUUUGGCUUCCGACGGAGUUUCUCACUGACGAUGAUUUUCUCGUUGAGAAGGAGAAUAACAGUGUAGGAAUCGAUGACUCCUUGUUCCCGUACGAGCCUCGUCAUGGAUUUGGGACUUUUGGCUCUACCGUUAAGCCUAACACGGUGAAGGAAGAUGACGAGGAGAGUUUCUUAGCCGGAUUGACUCGGCAGAUGGUUAUGUCAUCUCUCAAAGAUGAUUUCUCCGGUGGAGUUUGCGGUAAUCACGCUUUUCCGGCCGGUAAUGACCACAAGGCGUGGGAAAUGAAUCGUUCGCCUCCGUGUGUCGCCGGAACUGGCUGUUGUUGCUUGAAUCAGCGGUUUAACCAGAACCUUAAUUCGCGAGUUUCUUCAUGGGAUCUGUACUGUGCUGCGGAGAGGAUGAGUAUCAACGACGAACCAUACCAUAGUGGCAGAGGACUUCUCGGAUCUCCCGCAAAACUUUCCGCUACCGUCAAAAACCACUCUAACAACGGCACCGGUUACUACAACAAUCAUCAAUCUCUCCAAUACCAGAAGCUACAAGCUAUCCAGUUUCAGCAGCUAAAGCAGCAACAGUUAAUGAAACAUCGUCGCCAAUUGGUGCGUCAGAACAGAGGAGUAAGAGUUAAUGGCAACAAAAAUGUUGGUCCAGUGGAUUUGUCGUCUUCUGCAUGGUCUAAUCAGUUUCCGAGGCGUGAUGUUAUGAGAGCUGUAUUCAUCGGGGACCAUACCGGAAAACGUGGCUCAACCGGAACCGGUGUCUUCUUACCUCGAAGUGUUAACCAUACUUCAAGAACUGAGACUCGAGAGAAGCCUAGUAAGUUCCUAAAAAGCUCAAUUCCCCAAAUGUCAAUCUUUGGUAUAUUUUAGUUUUAUGAUGAGAACUGUUUUUACUCUUGGGUUUAGCUAUAUCGACGGUUUUGGUUCCGGCUAGACUGGCUCAGGUCCUGAAUCUGAAUUUAGGCGAACCGGUCCGGUCUACGGCUACUCUCAACGAUGUGUCGUGGAGACAGAGGAGCAACAAUGGUGGGUUCUCGAGCCAGAUGGUCGGUGGCGUGAGGGCGGAGCAGUCAGUGCAAGAGCCUCGGUUACCAUCGGAGUGGGCUUAUUGACUGAUUUUAUGUUCGUAACUUUUGGGUGUGUUUAGGGGGAAGAUUUUAUGAUGGGUUUGGUUUGAAGAAAGAUUAGAGUUGAUGACAGGUAGUGAAAUAGUGGAAAAAAGGUUAGGGUUAAUGUAGAGAUAGUGGAAGAUUUGGAAGAAGAAUAAAGAAAGUUGGAAGUGUGGAGAGGACGAGGUUUUGGAUCGUUUAACCACCAUUGAUGGCUUGAUAGAUGAAGAAAAGAGCUUUGAGACAGACAGAGAUAGGUGACUCUCUUUUCUUUUUUUUUGGGUUUUUCUUUUUUACUUUUUUACUGGGAAAUGAAAUGUCAGUCUGUCACGGGGCUGUUCCUUUAGUGUCAUCCCUCUCUGCCUCUCUUUUGUUCACACAACUCUUAAGCAAUGGAUAAGUAAGUAAUUAGUAAAAGAAAAGUUUGUUAUAUGAUUUUGAUUCCCACAUCAGGUGGAUAUAUAUUUCCUAAAAUCUUUGCAUGCGAAAUCAUAUUUUGAUGAAAAAAUCAAUACUAAGAAAACAUGUACUCUUUUUUUUUU